CGGCCGGGCGGCCCAGGGGCUGCCGCGGGACCCGGGGCGCAGCCGAGCGGCCGCAGGGGUGGGGCGGGCCGGACGCUCCGCGGGGCCCGGACGCUGCGGGUUCGAGGCCGGGCCCCGCGCGGGGAGGCCGCGCCACCCCGGGGGAACUGCCCGGCGGCGAGUUUGCCCGGCAGCCGAAAUAAGGCGGGAGCCGGCGGGGGCCCUCGGAACCCCCUGGCAACCCGGGCCUGGAGUCCUCGGGGAGCGACUGCUUCCUGGGACGCCCUCCCGGACGUCCCCGCCGAAGGGUAACGGUUAAGGGCCCCCGGCAGAAGGCGCCUCCGGGUGACUCCCGGCGGGGCCCUGCGAGCCGCGGGAUCCGACCCCGCGGCCGCGAGCGGGGAGGAAGGGGCUUGGCGGAGACGCGGGGCCGGAGACCGAAGGAGCGGGAGCGCGGCGGAGCGGAGCCGGGCCUCCCGGGCGCGGGGCAGGGAAGCGCCUCGGCUGGAGACGGACUCUGGGACCCUCGAGUGCGGGGGCCUCGGCAACCUGCCCCGCGGGGAGCGCGGCCGCGGAGUGGCCUACGGGGGACCCUCCCCCAGAGGGGCCGGCCCGGGGCGGGGAGAUGAACGGCUUUAGCACCGAGGAGGACAGCCGGGAAGGGCCCCCCGCCGCCCCCGCCGCCGCCCCGGGCUACGGCCAGAGCUGCUGCCUCAUCGAGGACGGCGAGCGCUGCGUCCGGCCCGCGGGCAACGCCUCCUUCAGCAAGAGGGUCCAGAAGAGCAUCUCGCAGAAGAAACUCAAGCUGGACAUCGACAAGAGCGUAAGGCACCUGUAUAUUUGCGAUUUCCACAAAAAUUUCAUCCAGAGUGUACGAAAUAAAAGGAAGAGGAAGACAAGUGACGAUGGUGGAGAUUCUCCUGAGCAUGACACUGACAUUCCUGAGGUUGAUCUGUUCCAGCUGCAGGUGAACACUCUCCGACGUUAUAAACGGCACUACAAAUUGCAGACCAGACCAGGCUUCAAUAAGGCCCAGUUAGCAGAAACUGUCAGCCGACACUUCAGGAACAUACCCGUGAAUGAAAAGGAGACGCUCGCUUACUUCAUCUACAUGGUGAAGAGUAACAAGAGUAGACUGGACCAGAAAUCAGAGGGCGGCAAGCAGCUUGAGUGAUGAUGAAGUACAUCUUCAAGAAAUGAAGUAUAAUGCUUAAUGCACAGGUGAUAUCUGCUACAUUUAAGCCCGUAAAGACUGUUAAAUUUUAUUGUAAAUAAAAAAGUUUGAAUGAUGAAUACUGUAAAUCUUUUCGGUCAGGAGGAUUAUAUUCUCAUGAUUCAGCAUGUUUAUACACAGACUUUCUUUUAAGGCAACUACUGGACUAAAAAAAAAAACAAGAUCGGAAAAAGAAUGAAAGAAAAACAAUGUAUUGCCACAUUCAGCAAAGCAUUAAGUCAGUUCCACUGGAAAUGUGGGAUGACAAAUAUUUUGAUAGUCACCUUGUAAUUCCACGCUGCCACAUGUGAGGUGUAGCCCUGGACCAGCAGCGAGGUACGGCUCGGCGGGGAGGUACAUGAGCAGACCUGUCUGCUGGGGACAUAGGUGCCCCUCUUUGUUGCACGCUUUGUCGCUUAUCAGCAAAUCCGUUUGACACUGGUCCCUCGCCAGCCCUGUGCUUUGCACACAGUAGGCACUCAGUCGGGAUUUGCUGGUUAAUCCAGCUAUCACUAACAGUGCCAGCCUUGUGCUUCCCACCUCUAGGUAUUGAGACCUGUGCCGUUUCUGUUGCUCGCCACUUAAUUUCCAGAGUGUGAGGAAAUCCUGAUGCACCAACAGGAUAUUUCAGGUUAGACGAGAACUUCAGGGCAGUCUCAUGUGCCAAGCUGUAUCUGUGGAGGUUCCAGAAACACUGAGGCAGAGCCCCUCCCGGGAGCCACGGCUCUUUGUUCACCCCUCCAUGCCUCAUGCUUCAGGGUCGUUAUGUAUUGUGACUUCAGCCAUUCUCCUGUGCCAGAAAUGCUUUGACAAAUGAAGAUAUUUAGUGGUUUGGGGCUCAUGUUCUCAGAAGUACUAAUCCUUAAUUCACAACCACAAGAAAGCUGCCAAGGACCAUGCGGUUCCUGCUCCGAAGUCCAGCUCUGGGAUAGAAAGUCUGACCAGCUUUGACCUCCUUGGGGGUCAGCAACAAAUCAUGGGUUUGAACAACACAGGUGGGUCACUCAGGUGACCCUGACUUGAACAGACACAGCUCUAUGGCCCUGCCGUUUGCAGCCCCCAUCCCUGUUAGCGAGAGAGGCAGUUGAACUGAAGGACAGGUGAGCUCAAGAUCAUGCCCUGGGAAGCAUGGUGCUUUAGGGAUGCCUUUGUAUUCCUUUCACUUUCUUACAGACUGUUUUCAAGUUUAUGGUUAGGAAGGGUAAAGUUGAUCCCAUUUUUUGAGGUGGAAUCCAGCCAGAGGCAAGGUGGGACCUUUUCUUAGAGUAGGAAUGUCUACAAUCAGUCAUUUCAUCUAGCUUGCAUCUUCAAACGCAAACCCUUCAGUGGCUUUCACUUAAUGAACACAUCUUUGCCAAUGACAGAGGCUUGUACAGGAUCCCUGUUUUCACAUGUCUAUUAUCUGUUAUUCCCGUCAAGAGUGUUUUGGGUGUGCGGGUUGGUUUGGGGGUUUUUUUCCAUUUUGUAACUGCCUUAUCGAAGCAAGUGCCCUUCCAUUCCAGGCUUCCUCAUAUUGUACAUGUUUCCUGCCAAACUGGGGAGAUCAUUUGUAUUUUAAUUUUGUAAUCUAUGGCUCUGUACUGUUGAAAGGCUCUCAAUUCUGUGGGGUCUCCUUAGUAUGUAUGUGACUUUUCAUGUUGCAGUAUCACACAGAUGGGAUGGCCCGACUUUCGCUCUUAAUAAACGAUCUGAAUGAGAAACAAGAGACACACUCUGUUGUACCCUUUGAAUGUCCACAUGGAGCUCAGAUGCUUUCACUUGCACAUUCGGCCCCUGGCUGUGUAGGACAGUGACUAGGGACAGCGAUCUUUCAUCCACUCGCCCUUCCGCUCCCAGUACGCACCAUAAAAACGCUCAGAGAGGUUAAGAAACCUGCCCAGUGCCACACAGCCCAUCUAACAAGCUCAUCUGUCUGUCAAGCAUUGCAUGGAGUGAGACCUCAGCCAAGAUCAUUGGAAUGAUUUGCGGUUUGCAUCCAGUCCUUGAUUCCAGAAGUCAUACUUUGCACCUACUCCCAUUUACACUUUUAGAACCCAGUUUUAGGAAAAAGGUACAUCCUCAUCCACAUACUCCAACCAGAGGCAGAAAGUUCUCUGCCGAUGUGGAGAAUAGACACAGGGAAGAAGACAAAGGGGUGCCACCGGUGGCCAUGCUGUGUGGUACCCCAGUUCCUUGGCCAUCCUCUUCCCCAUCACAGAAACAUCUAGAAUGACUUUAGUCUGCAUCUCCUGGGACACAUCAAAGUGAUUCAUCUCACUGGCAGCAAGCAUGGACCUCAGCCCUCAGAACUAGUGCUCUGUUACCUCAAAAGAGAAAC